AUGGAAAAUGUACAUGAAAUAACUCCUUCAAAGGAAUCUGAAAGUAGCUUUUCUCCAAUUAUUUUCAUUACUCCCACACAACCUGAAAAUGUUCCUAAAAGUACACUUAAUGAUUCUGGACCGAGUGACAGUUCUGAUAUUAGAGAUCAAUCUCAAUCCCAGUCUGAUACACUUCCUAUUUCGGUGGAUGGAGAUGAUUGUGAUGCAACUCAUGAUGAAAAAAAAAGAAAGAUGUCGAUUGUAUGGAAUCACUUUAAGAAAAAAAUUAUUAAUGGGGAAGAAAAAGCUAUAUGCAAUUAUUGUAACAAGCAACUGACAGCAAUCUUAUUGAGAGAACAAAAGAAAGUAGACGGAUCAUCCACUUAUUUGAGUAAUUAUCACUUUGAUCUAGAACAAUCUAGAAGAGAUCUUGCUUCUAUGAUAAUAAUUCAUGAGUAUCCGCUUUCUAUAGUAGACCAUUUGGGGUUUAGAGCAUAUUUUGAAGGCCUCCAACCUUUAUUCAAGGUUCUUAGUCGGAACACAAUAAAAGGUGACAUUAUCAAAAUAUAUCUGAAUGAAAAGUUGAAGACUAUGGGACUCUUAGAGAAGAUUGGAAGUAGAAUUGCUUUAACAACAGACAUGUGGCCAUCCCAAUUUCAAUCGUUGCUUCAGAUUUCUAUUGGUAUUACUGGACCAAAGCAAUAUGUAAACUUGAAAGAUAAACGUUUACAGUCAUUUGGAGAGUCUGAUUCUGAUGAAGAGGUCUUGCAGAGUGACAAUACAGGAAUAUAA